AUGGGUGUACAGCCAUUCCUCUCUCUCGCUAAACAGCUCGACGAAGAGGCAAGCGAGCUCAAGACACUGAAUUUGGGUUGUUUGCCGGUGGCUAUGCGUUAUGCCUACUCGCGUCUAUCUCCUCCUGUCGGCCGGUUUGUGUCCAUUUGGUAUCCUUCAGCAAAAAUCCCUCAUCUCGGCCAAUGCGUUCAUCUUGAACUCUGCUUUUCGUUCCUCCUCCCUGCUCUGUUGGAUUGCUUUCCUGUCCUGCCAAUCUCAUGGCGGAGAAUGCAAAUGAAUAGCUUUCUGUAG